UAUGCCGAUUACCAUCGCCGUCAAAGUUGGCUCUAAGAAAUGCCGAAAUACGUAUUUGCAUUUUACAAAGCUAAAUAUACUUGAUAAGGCGCCAUUGAGAAUGCUCGUUCCUGUCGAUUUUGCAGAAUUGAAAAAU